ACAGCUUUCGUAUUAGGAGCGUGUAUAUAGUUAGGAAUCCACUGUAAACCGAUUUGCGCUAAACUCCCGGUUUUAUCUACACUAAGUACCCGGGGCUUAGCUCUCUCGCAUUGUGUGACUAAGUGAACAAAUAGAUGGAGUGAUACACUAUUGACUUCGGCCAUCGACUUGUCCGUACGACAACCGCACCUACGUCCAACCUUUUUUUCCUAUUCUUCGCGCGAAGAGCUUUUUUUUGACGAUAAGACGGGAAGUAAAUGUGGCCAAACAGUCUCACAUCUGGAUGCCCAGAAAACGAUUUGUCAUUUCCCGGAUUUGGUACAACUUGUCCUGGAAAUCCCUCCGGUAUGGCUUACUUGAAGUCCGGACCGUAUCCAGUUCCUGGUCUAGGGUUACAUGGAUUGCCAGUUGACGCACUCCACACGUCCAUGAGUUACCCAGGGGGGUCCCAAAGAAAACAACGACGAGAACGAACAACGUUUACAAGAUCUCAACUAGACGUAUUAGAAGCAUUAUUCUUAAAAACGCGUUAUCCGGAUAUCUUCAUGAGGGAUGAUGUGGCCAGUAAAAUCAAUCUUCCCGAAUCAAGAGUACAGGUAUGGUUUAAAAAUAGAAGAGCAAAAUGUAGACAACAACAAAAGCAGCAAAACCAACAACAAACCAUCGAAAAAUCGACGCGAAUAAAAAGUAAAACGACGACGACAACUACAUUAGCAAAAACAUCACCGAGUGUGUCUAAUAAUAACAACAACAGUACAGGAUCAUCGACAAGUUCACCAGGAAUCCACACUACAUCUCAUCUUCGUGAUAGCCCAAAUUAUACGAAACCUCAAAUAUUUACGACGACGUGUUCUACAACAUCGCCAACGAUAAUGCCAUCGUCUUAUACCAACGCUGGAAAUUCAAGUAUUUGGUCUCCAGCAUCUAUAGAUUCGUUUUCAUUGGACCAACACCGUACGUGGACAACACAACCUGGAGUAUUAACAACGAAUUCCACAACAAAUUGUUACAACAAUUACCCUUAUUAUAGCAAUAUGGAUUAUUUGAGUUCGACGUCGAUGGGACAUUCCCAAUUCGGAGAUAAUACUCUAGAAACGACAUGGAGUAAGACCAGAGAUGAAUCUUGGUUUUAUAAUUCUGGUUGGGAUCGAAAAAACUAAUACUUAUGUGAUUUUUAAAUUUUAUAAAGAAAAGUUCAUGGCUUUUUGUUGAGUUUAUGUGUUUUUAAUUGAUUAAUUAAAAAUGGUUGAUUAAAAAGGAAUCGCUGAAAAAACUUCAUUACAAACUGAGAUGAUUAUGUUUUAAUUUCGCCACUUAAAAGAUGACUUCCAAAUCUAAAUAACCACAUUUUUCUGAAAUCGUCAAUCUGGAGUUAUUGUGAUCACGUUACAUUGGAAGCAAUUAGAAAUUUGACUUUAUAACUUUAAUGUUUGGAAAUUUAUUAUUUACCUACAAUAUUUUAAAUCCAAAAAUGCUUAAAACAUCUCUGAGGAUCAGAUUUGAAUUAUUUACUUAGUUAUAAAUCAAUGAAAAUACUUAAAACAGGGCAACCCAGGUGAGCACCGACGUUCUUUCGAUCAUGUCAAAAAAAGUUGUUAAAGGACGUAAAUAGCUCUUAAGCAUAAUUAAUUUCACUACGCAAACAUAAUAAAUGGUGUUACAAUAAAAAAAUAUUUUUCCUGCAAUGCAAACAUUUAUUGAAUUAUUAUUAUUAUUCAGAGUAACACUUCUUGUCCAAAACAUGUUAAAAACGAAAUUUUCAUCUACCGAGAAAAUAAUCACAAAAGUGUCAAUCCAGUCAACUUUAUUUGAAAGCAACAAAUAUUGUACCAUGUUCAUUACCAAAAUCUUUGUAAUAAACAAUAAGAUGAUCUAGAAACAAAGAUCUAGAUGAAUCUAGUAACAAAGAAGCUCAAAGAAAAUUAAAUUAAGCUCUGGCUUCCUUUAGCUUCUGCCUCCAUUUCCCUCUGUGUGCUGCUGCUCUUCGCCACAUUCUCAUCCACAACAGCUCGCAUGCAUAAUUGGACACAUAACCAUCCUAUCGUUUUCGGGAUCUGUCUACUGGUACAUAGAUUUAUCCAUGCAUUUUAGCGUUGAUAGUUCUCUUUGGUAGACUUCAUCUUGCUAAUAUGUACUGCCCAUUGCAACCUUUGAUGUCUGACGAACUAGUAUGUGGAGGCGUUUCUGCGAACUUAAUACAAUUCGUUGUUAUAUCUUCAUGUUAUCUAUUAUCGACUUCAGUAUUCUUCGUAAUACUUUUCUCUCAAAUAUACUUAGUUUAUUUUUUGUGCUCUUUGUCUUUCAUCUAUUGUAAUGGGUCUGGGUCGGCUUUCUUUUAACUGUGUUAAUAUCUUUGUUGUUUGAUUUCCAAUUCAAGCCCUAUAAUAUCUCUCUUCGUUUCUUCGCCUGCAAUGCUGAUUCAGCCCUUCUACACAUAACGUUAAUAUCGUCUGAGUAAGCAGCGAGUUGCACACUUUUAGUUGUUAAUAAGUUUUCCUGCCGACGUUCUUGUUGUUGUUGUCUUAUUGUUAAUGUCUUACUGUUUGUGUGUCAAACUGCAGUUUCACUUACUCUUCUAAGUAAAGUAUUUUUAAGCAUAUUUAUAUAUGUUUAGACUGGUGAUUUCUCAUUUCCAACUCUCAGAAAAUACUGAAAGGUGAUGAUGCGUUGGGAAUUACUAAUGGUUUCGUUGAAACUGUAAUAAUUUUGCAUCAUGAACACUUUUCGUUGGUCCAAAUACAUAGAAGCAGACAUUUUUUCAAAAAAUGUUCUCUUAAGGUCUCCAAAGGCGAUUACACUGGAACUCUAAUACCCUUUCGCAUAUUUUAGUACCAGAAAAGUAUUAGGUUAGCCUUUUAGGUUUUUUUACCUCAAGUAUUAUUUGCUCUUAAGUGUUAGAUUUUAGUUUAUUCCACGUUUUCUUUGACUUUUAACUUCGAUUUGUUGCAGUACUAUCUUGCAUAGCUUGAUGGUUGUUACACCUGUUGUUAUCAAAUUCUUACAUCCAUAUAUCACUUACAUUGGGCGGAGUGAAAUAAUCCGCAUCAAUGUUUUGUUCGUCACAUUUUCAUCAGAAUGAAGAAAAUAUCUGUCAGCAUUUUCUUGCAAAAUUAUUUACAUUUUGUUUGCUUCCGCUCCCUUUUGACUACUUCUUGGCAACUUCCCAUUUACUAUUUCCAGAUGCUUUUAGUAAACUAUAUAGAUCAUCACCAAAAAUGAUUUCUGCUUAGCUUAAAAUAUGAGCAAUAUUCCUACGUGUCAAAACGUUUUUAAUAAAACCUUUUACGAAAAUUUGCAUUACAUUUGUCUUAUGAUGUGCCAUAUUUAUUAAUAAUUGAGCAGUAUUUAGCAAUAAAAUAUUGGGAGUAUUAGUGAGCAAUACACUAAUAUACCGGUUAGAUAUCACAUAGAGAGAUGGUACUAAUGGUUAUGUAUAGCUUGCUUUAGCAAAAAAGUAAAUAAAACGACCAAAGAACCUUGAAGAAAAAUAUAUACAUACUUAAGUAACUAAGUACUCACUAAAAUAAUCUCUUACUCUGCUUAUGAAUAAAAGUGGACCAAUAAUCUUCAAGGAAUCAAGCAGCGAAUUAUACUUGUUGGUAUCGUUAGUGUGUUUAUGCCUAAUAUUAUGAAUAUGUGCGAAAUAAUUUUAGCAUAUAGAUAUGGCGGAUUUUUACACAAGAUAAUGUUGAUGUAGAAACACAUGCAGUGAAUCUCCAUGGCGUCAUAUUCAGCCUGAAACCCCAUGCCAUAGUCUAUGAUUUUCGCUCUCUUCUGAAAAUAUUGAAAGAUAGAUCUGGGUAUUAUAAAUUCAACAGUUUAUGUGUGUCCAACAGUUUACUUCCGCUUCCACACAUAAAUUAACAACUGUAUUAGUUACAUAGUUAUCUCAUAUUUAAUGAUUCAAAGAUAUUAACUCGUCAGAGUUGUAGAUCUUUCCGCAUACUUUCUGUUCUACAAUGAAAAUACCUUAAAAUUGUAUUAUAUAAGUAGCUAAUAACAUAUUUUGAUUGAGCAAAAAGUGUUUUUUCAUUGCAAUAUCGACAUUAUUGUCGAUGUCAUUAAAACAAUGCGUAGUUUAGAAUGACCCCAAAUAAGAUUGAUGUUUUAUAAUACAUCCGGAAAACCACAUGUUUGAAGAGGGGAUAAAAAUUAUAUUUUCGAUUAUAUCUCAAAAACUAAGUCAUAUACAAGUCUAGGAAUUAAUAAAUUAUGUGUUUAAACAAUAGCAAUGUAUUACAAAUUCACACCAUUAGCUCAAAUAGUUUCACAUCACCCAAUUAAUUUUGUUACAAUCAAUAUGUUGUCGCUAUUAAUUAGAAUUCAAGUAGAUUUUUAUGAAUUCCAAUGUAUAUUAUAAAUUCUCCAGAAAAUUUUUAAUUCGAUUGCUUUAUAUAUGAUAGUUAAAAAUGAUUUCAAAGAAAUGUGGUUAAUUAAUUUUUCUUGAUUUAAAGAAAAACUUUGAAGAAGUAUUUUUUUAAUCAGCAAAUAUUACGCUUUAGUAACAUAAAAACAAGGUUAUUUUAUUUAAUUUUUUUUAUUAUUGGUAAUUAUAUCAAUGUAUGCAACGAAAAGAAGAAAAAUAAACAAACAAAAUCUUAUCCUUACCCUAUCAAAUAACGUUCAUUAUUAACGCCUUGUAAAUUACAUACCCAGUAAUAAUUAAAAGAGAACUUUAAAUAUUAUAAAAAAAGUCAUAUCCCUGUUAUUAAUUGUAAAUAUUGAGUAGAAAUAUAAGAAUUACGCGUAUUAUAUGAUUUACAGAAACAAGAUAAUUUAAAAAUUAAAUUUGUCAACUACUUGAUACCAAGCAAAAAAGAACAUUCUUGUUGCUCCCAUUGAUGUAAAAAUAAAUUUAUAUAAAUACUAUUUGAGGUGUACAUAUCUCGUAGAAAAAAAUCUAGCGAUUAUUACGAUUAGCCUUAAAAAAGAAAAUAAGAUUUAUGCCUACAUUUAAAUUUAAGGCCUAAUCGAUAAGUAACGAAUUGUAUUAGAUUUUAAAUUAAUUCGUUCCGAUUUUAGUUGUGCGAAUAUUUACAUUACAAUAAAAUUCCAUAUGUAAAUAAAAA